GUGACUUAUAUGUUAAUAUUGGCAGGUGAAGAAUCUCAGAAUGGAAACAAUAUGCAUGGUUGUCAAAAUGGAGGGCCAAAUCAUUCAAUGGCGAUUGUGCCAAUAUCAGGUCCAGGAAGUGUUGUAGGUGGUCCCAGCACAGGCACAAAUUUAAAUAUUGUUUCAGGGGGAAUGCUUGCUGCUGCUGGCUCAAGGGAAACCAUUCAGCCACAGAUCUGGCUACAGGAUGAAAGGGAGCUAAAGAGGCAGAGAAGGAAGCAAUCCAAUAGGGAAUCUGCUCGCAGAUCCAGAUUACGCAAACAGGUACUAAGAAACCGUUUCCCUUUCAGAAAGAAAUAGU